GCAGGGGAACAGGCGGUCAGAGUUUCCACUAAUUGAUGGCAACAACUGGAGCAGAUCAGGUACAGUGGUGACUGGUAGGUGGCAGAGCUGAUUGGAGGAUGAGUGGAGGCUGGUGGCAGAGGGGAGUAGGCCAGAUUCCUGAAGAGUCCACAGACAAAAACCAACAGAAACCUAAACCAUGACAGGAUUAUUCAUUCUGGCACAGAUGAAGGAAUUCCAAGGAAUAGUGUAGCUACCAGGGGUGUGUGACUAUGAGGAAUUAAUCUGAUUGGAUGAAGAAGGACAUAUAAAAUAGGAGAAUCUUCGAGUACCCAACCCACCUCCAUGUUGUGUUACUAUGAGGACAUCGAUGGGGAAUCAACACAAAGUAGUAGGAAGUGCUCCAACGCUGAUAGUUCCCUUGUAUUGCCAGUGGAUGGAGCUGUAGACCUGCGAGAGGAGGAACUGGAGCAGAGUGUCUAUGGGCUGUGUUUUGCUCUGGACCCUUCAGCUGUUCCGCCGUCCCUCCGUCUAUCCAACUCCUGCCUCACGGUGACUUACAGUGACAGUACUCCUUCACGCCCACAUCCUCCGAUUAAAGUCAGAAAGCCUGCGGUGACCCCUGACUCCAUGGCGCUCUUGCCUCAUGUAUGCGCUGAUGUCAUUAUUGCUCGAGGACAGUACUACUGGGAGGUGGAUGUCUGCAACAGCUCCGUCUGCAGGGUUGGUGUGAUCUCAUCGGACGGCUGCAGCAGCUGGUGGCUGGAGAGAAAUGCCUCGGCUUUUCGUGCAGUGUAUGACGGGAGCUGCGAGCCUAUUGGCGCUGUCCCACCAGGGAUCAAAACCCUGGGCAUAUUCCUCAGUUUUGAAGGAGGGAUCCUUAGCUUCCACAACCCCCUGACCCAGGAGCACCUGGUGACACUUCCGACCCGCUUCAACCCUUCUGGAGUGCUCCCGGCUCUGGGCCUGAGGCAGGGCAGGCUGAGCCUACGCUGUGGCCUCCCAGUACCCUCGUAUGUGUUUCUGGGUAAGGACUCCACUUACAGGGGCCCUUCUCGUCCGAAUGGCGUUUGGCGGCACAGAGAGGUUCCAUUCCAACCGGUGAGAAGAGUGAUCCAGAAGUUUGAGAAACUGGCAUUAUCAGUUUGAAACCCCAGUCUUGGAUCAUUCUGUUCUACCUUUACUCGGGACUCUGUGGAUCCUGUGGUUUGGGCAAGCAGAGGGAAAUGCAUGCAGAAUAAGAAGAGCUUCUAAAACCUUCUGUUCAGUGGGAACACCCACAGCUCCCCUGACCGGUUUUAUGUUUAACUGCCAAUUGAAAGGCUAAUUUUCCAUUUUGGCUGACUAUGGCUGCCCUUUUUCAUUCUCUCCUUGAACCCGGACCUGCAAUUGACUCUCUCCCCAGGAUGCAGCUCCUUCUCUCAGCUGAACAACCCCCACUGGUUUGGGCUUGGGCCAGCAAGAGUCCUGGGAUGCAUGAAGUGAAAGGAAAGAGGUGGGGUUUUACCAGCAGGACUCCUUGAUUUGUCUCUGUGUGCCGGCUGUUGGACAGUAGGUGUCCCACACUAUGGAAACACACGUUCUGUAUAGCGCCGCUUUAAAGGUUUGCUCGGUCACUCGUAUAUUUCGGUGUGUGUGUGUGUUUGAGCAGGAGGAAACAAUGUACGAGCAGCAGGGGGUGAGGUGAUGAGGCGUGAGUACAGUGACACCGGCGGUGUUGACACGGAGCAGCAAUAACAGGUGGUAACAUACAUUUAUCCCUCCGCCUGUCUUUGAGAGAACAGUAGAGCUGCCCUUUCUGACCCUUUUGAAAACCGCAGGACACCCAACGACUUCAAAAGAGCAAAGGGAAAGCCAGUGAAUAGAGAGAGAGAAAAAGUAACAGCAUGCAUGUCAGUGGGUGAUGAAUUGAAAUGAAGGAAUGAGCUAAGAGGGGCAUUCCAAACUAACUUUGUGCCAAAUAGGUAGAAAAGAUGUACUCCUCUCUGAAGCUAUGGCAGCAGAAACUUACUUCGAUGUAGCAUCUUCGAAGGCAUAGCAAAGACAAUUGUUCCGUGUUUACAUUUUUCAUUUCCUCUGAAUGCUAAUGUCUGCUCAUUUCGUAAUUAAACAUAAGCAACACAAAAGGUCACAAUGGAAAAGAUGUGUAACCAUGAUCCAAAUUCUUAUUGUCUUCAGCUUAUGUAAAAGAUUAGUGGGAAUUGAUUAUUGAUCUUUUCUGUUUGAGUUUUUUUCGUUUGCACUUUGUG